AAUAAUAAAAAUGAUAAAAAUUUUAUUGAAGGAGCUAUUGGCUAGUGAUUUCAACUUCGACUCUAUCCCGAAAGACAAAUUUCGCUUGUAAUAACCAUAUCGAAUUGGUCAACGAAUGCUUUUCUAAAUAAAACCGCAAAAGGAAACAUGUGGAUUUUUGGAUGGAAGGGACCAUCUGGGUUUUCUGCUUCUUCUACCGCAGAAGAAGUUACUCAAGGGAUUGAUGGAUCUGCUCUCGCUGCCAUAGUUACAGGAGCAUCAAGUGGUAUUGGUGUAGAGACUACUCGCGUCCUCGCAUUGCGCGGUGUCCACGUAGUUAUGGCGGUAAGGAAUGCAGAUGCCGGUCGGAAUGUCAAAGAAUCAAUACUAAAAGAAAUCCCUAGUGCUAAGAUUGAUGUUAUGGAAUUGGAUCUGAGCUCAAUGGCAUCAGUAAGGAAAUUUGCAUCACAAUAUCAAUCCUCUAAUCUUCCCUUGAACCUCCUAAUCAACAAUGCAGGGGUCAUGGCAACUCCUUUCAUGUUAUCUCAAGAUAAGAUCGAGCUGCAGUUUGCGACCAACCAUUUAGGUCAUUUUCUUCUAACUGAUCUUUUGUUGGAGACUAUGAAAAGAACAGCACGUGAAAGCAACAUAGAAGGGAGGAUUGUCAAUGUAUCUUCUGAAGGUCACCGGAUUGCGUACAGCGAGGGAAUUCGUUUCGAUAAAAUCAACGAUGAAUCAGGAUACUACACUUGGUAUGCUUACGGACAAUCAAAGCUUGCUAACAUAUUACAUGCCAAGGAGCUUGCUCAGCGUCUAAAGGAAGAAGAGGUGGAGAUUACUGCAAAUUCACUUCAUCCUGGAGCAAUUAUUUCGACCAAUCUUAUGCGCCACCAUGGUUUAAUCAAUACCGUUGGUCAAAUGUUGGGAAGAUACUUCCUCAAAAAUAUUCCACAGGGAGCCGCCACUACAUGCUAUGUUGCAUUAAAUCCACAAGUCAAAGGUGUUAGCGGAGAAUAUUUCUUAGACAGCAACAUAGGUAACCCAAGCGCUAAGGCGAAGGAUGCAGAUUUGGCAAAAAAGCUAUGGGACUUCAGCUGCACCUUGACCAAUCCCAAGUAGUUAGUUAGUUCACAAAGCCUUAUCUAGACGAGCUGCAGAUGUUCGAUGCUUAGUGCUGGUACUCUUUUAGCUGAAACUGUGAUAAACCGUAAUAUUUUCAUAAACAUACAAAGGGUAUAUGGAAUGAUCCCAGUUUUAUCGAGAA